AUGCUUCACACGCAGCCUCCAUUCUUCCGGCGACUCCACUCUCAUUACUUAUGGCCUUUAUCUAAGCCUUCCACCUCCGCCGCUACCUCAUCGUCGUCUUCAACCGUCGCUGCUGUCGCAUCCUCGUCGGCUUGGCUGUGUCUACCACCGACGCGUACAAUUGUUCCGUCGAAGCCUACCACAACCGCUGCGAAAACUCGUUGGGAAAAAGACGAGUAUGCUUCCUCAGGCGAUACCAAAUUGCUCAUCGUUGAUUGCUCGUCGCCAACUAUAAUCGCCGGAUACGUCGCAGCCAAUAACACUGACGACCAUCGCACACCACAUAUUCGAUUUAGAUGUAUAUCAAUUGCUAGUGUCUUUCGUUCAUCUGCAUUGCAUCUAUUUUUCCCUUUUUCCCCUGAGUUCAGAAAUGCAUGUUCUGUUCAUAACAGGAACAUACAUAUUGUUUUCAAUGAUAUCCGAUCUACCCCACCAAGAUCUAAGGUCAGGUGGUUUCGUUCCUCUAGAAAUGAAUCAAGAUUUAUCAACACCUAUCACCUAUCCAUUGUUGGGGUGGAUCUAGAAGCCUGACUUCACUUGCACAAGUAACGAAGGUGUGAGGGGCUCACCUUAGAGUUCUGUUGACUCAUUAACAUUUUCUGUGUAAUGUAAUGAUUGUUUCAAAUGGAGGACACUCACAACAAAAGAAGAAUUUAAAGAGAUCAUUGUUCUUGAAUCUCUAUCUCUAUGCCCUAAUUAUUGAUUUAAGUUGCUAAAUUCUAACUUCAAUUUGUUCUAGGUCCAAAUGAUGUGGAUUUCGUAAAGAUGAUUGGAGCAUUAGAUGAAUGCGAACAUCUUACACACAUUGAUCUUACUUUAUGUUGGAAAAUGCUGAUAUAGGGUGUUUUUUUCGUGACACCACAAGAUAUCAAGAAAACAAGGAGCAUUGUUAAUAAGAAUAUAAAGCGAUAACAAGAUCUUUUUAGUUUAUGACUUAUAUUUCAUUUUAUGUUUGUAUACAUGGUAAGCAUAUUUUGCUUACAACAUUUGUGUAUACUAUUUAACCUGGA